AUGCAUCGCACAUACUCUAUGCGCCAGACCAGGGCGCCCACAGCCUCGCAGAUCCAGAGCCCUCCACCUCCGACCUCGAGCACCAAAUCAGGCCGUCUUUUCGGCAAGAGCCCGUUCGGCCAUGCACUCCGCGGCAAGGCUGCCGGUGCUUUCGGCCCUGAUCUGGCCAAGAAACUCACACAGCUCGUUAAGAUGGAGAAGAACGUGAUGCGUAGUCUGGAACAGGUGGCACGCGAGCGCAUGGAGGUCGCACAACAACUAUCCAUCUGGGGAGAGGCCGGCGACGAAGACGUUUCAGAUGUCACCGACAAGCUGGGUGUUCUUCUUUACGAAAUUGGCGAACUGGAGGAUCAGUACAUCGACCGUUACGACCAAUACCGUGUCACCAUGAAGAGCAUUAGAAACAUUGAGGCAUCGGUUCAACCAAGCAGAGAUCGCAAGCAGAAGAUCACCGACCAGAUUGCUCAGCUCAAGUACAAGGAGCCCAACUCGCCAAAGAUUGUUGUGCUCGAGCAAGAGCUUGUCCGUGCCGAAGCCGAAUCGCUCGUCGCCGAGGCCCAGUUGUCCAACAUUACACGAGAGAAGGUCAAGGCCGCCUACACUUACCAGUUCGAUGCCCUACGCGAGCACUGCGAGAAGGUUGCCAUCAUUGCCGGCUAUGGAAAGCAUUUGUUGGAACUGAUCGAUGAUACUCCUGUCACUCCUGGCGAGACUCGCGCCGCCUACGACGGAUACGAGGCUAGCAAAGCCAUCAUCCAGGACUGCGAGGAUUCAUUGACGAACUGGGUUACCUCAAAUGCGGCCGUGUCCUCCAAGCUGUCUACUCGUGCCCGCACUCUGUCAACAAGGCGUCGCAACAACAUCAAGGCUCGCUCCGAGGGUCUUGAUUUGUCUGGCCAAGAUGCUCCUCUCAACGACCGUGACUCGUGGGUAGCUGCUGGUGAGCACAAGGGCCACGAAUACGACGACGAGGAUGAGGACGAGCAGCUUGGCUCGGGCAUGGACAGUGACGGAGGUCUCAAUGGCGAACACCGCCGCGGCCGCACCGAAGUUGUGGCAUAG